ACUUUUCAGAGGUUACUAUGGUGCUCAAACAAGUUGCUUCAAUAAAGAGUAUACUAAACAAGAUAAAUAUAAUUCGAUCUAUUUCCACUGUACGUUUUACACGUUUUUGACGUUAUAUGGUAAUUCUAUACGUGACAAAGAAUCUUUUCAGGGCAAAAUGCUACCGGAAGGAACUAUCUUAGGCCUAGGAAACCCAUUAUUAGAUAUUACAGUACAAACAACGCCGGAUUUCCUCCGGAAAUACGGCCUGAGUGAGAAUGAUGCUAGGUUAGCAACGCCUCAGCAUGAUGCACUCUUUGACGACAUUCAAGAGAUGAAACCCAGAUAUUCAGCAGGUGGCGCCACACUAAAUUCCAUAAGGGUUGCUCAAUGGAUAUUAAACCAAAGGGGAGUGACCGGAUUCGUUGGAGCUAUUGGUAAAGAUGCUUCUGGAGGGAUAAUGAAAUCAUGCUGUAAAGAGGUCGGAGUUGAAUGUCAUUUUCUAGAGACGGAAGAGGAGAGAACUGGUGUUUGUGCAGCCUUAAUUACAGGAGAAAACAGGUCUUUGGUAACCCAUCUCGGAGCUUCCCUAAAGUUUGAUCAUAGCUUCCUGAAUGAGGAUUUUUCAUUUAUCGAAAGAGCGAAUUUAUAUUAUAUUGGUGGUUUUGCUUUCGAUACUUGUAAGGAAUCCGUAAAGAGGAUUGCUAAGCAUUCAAUAGAGAAGAAUAAAACUCUAGUUAUGAAUCUGUCUGCACCAUUUUUAUGUCAUUAUUUUGCUGAAGAGGAUAUAUUAAGCUCCAUUGAUGUACUUGUUGGAAAUGAGGACGAAGCAAAAUCUUUGAUGCGCAGUUUGAAUUUUGACGAGAGUAAGACUGUAGAGGAAAUGGCUGAAAUUGUUCAGCGCCUUCCAAAAUCUGGUUCAAAAGAACGAGUAGUUAUCUUUACAAGAGGGGCUAAUUCGACUGUAAUUGCCAAUUCCGAGAAGAUAUUUUAUCAACCUCCCAAACCCAUUAAGAAAGAAGAGAUACGUGAUACAAAUGGCUGUGGAGAUGCAUUCGUUGGAGGCUUUCUAAGUCAAUUAGUUCAGGGUAAAUGUCUCGAAGAAUGCGUAGACUGCGGUGCCUAUGCAGCUUCAAUUGUUAUCAAAUAUUUUGGAUGCGAUUAUCCGCCAACCUGUUCCUACGAGUAUAAACCUUAG